CCCUCCUCUCUUAAAAUUAGUGGUUGGGGGGGAAACACUCAAGGCGUUCCACCUCCUCACGGCAGCAAAACAUUAGUCAUCUACAAACUUCAAGAGCGCGCAGCGAAAGUUCCCCCUGCAACGACUUAACGGCCAGAGGAUAGUGCCGAGAGAAGACAGACAGAACAGACCGAUCCUUCGAGAGUUGGAGUGCGAGAAUGGCGGAGAGUAGGCAUGAUUCCUGCACACUUUCAAAUUGGGACAUGUAGAUUUAGUUCAGUAGCAGCUCUGGCGCAAUUAACUUUUCCUCAAACAAACAAAACGGAAUAGCGUGUUAGAAAUAGACAGUGGAGGAGUUGGACGCUUCGAGGACACCGUAUUGUCUACUCUCCCCCCUCAUCUCGAGAUGAGCUGUCAGCGGGGAUUGCGGUGGUUGCUCUUAUUCGCUGUCUUGCAAGUGGGUUUACCCCGGGAGACCCGAGAGAAGCCGCGGCAUUGUGACAAGCCGAAAUCGCAGAGCGACAUGAACUCCUUCCUGUGGACGGUGAAGCGCGACCCUCCCUCUCCCCCCUCCUACCUAUUUGGGACCAUCCACGUGCCUUACACCCGCGUGUGGGACUUCAUCCCGGAGAGCUCCAGGCAGGCCUUCCAGACCAGCUCCAAUGUCUUCUUUGAGCUGGACCUGACCGACCCCCUGACCAUCUCCAAGCUGACCAGCUGCCAGCUGCUGCCCAACGGGGAGAACUUGCAGAUGCUGCUACCGCGCGACCUCUACCGGCGGCUCAAGCGGCACCUGGACUACGUCAAGCACAUGAUGCCCUUUUGGAUGACGGCGGAUCAGCGCGGGCGCGGCCUCUACGCCGACUACCUCUUCAACGCCAUCGCCGGCAACUGGGAGCGCAAGCGGCCCGUGUGGGUGAUGCUGAUGGUGAACUCGCUGACCGAGGCUGACGUGCGCUCGCGUGGAAUCCCCGUGCUCGACCUCUACCUGGCCCAGGAGGCUGAGCGGGACGGCAAGCACACGGGCGCCGUGGAGCAUGUGGAGGAGCAGUGCCACCCCCUCAACGGACUCAACUUCUCACAGGUGCUGUUUGCGCUGAACCACACCCUGCUGCAGCUCGAGGGCGUCCGCGCGGGCAGUCUGCAGGGCUCCUACACCACCGAGGACCUCAUCACACACUACAACUGCGGAGACCUCGGCUCCAUCAUCUUCAACCACGACACCUCACAGCUCCCUCACUUUAUCAACAGCUCCCUGCCAGCGGACGACAGAAUCACGGCACUGCAGAUCGACAGCUACUUCCGCCAGGAGCUCAUCUACAAGCGCAACGAGCGAAUGGCACAACGUGUCUCCGCCCUGCUGCAGAGGAGCCCCUCCCAAAGCUUCUUCUUCGCCUUCGGAGCAGGUCACUUCCUUGGCAACCACAGCGUCCUGGAGAUCCUGAGGCAGGAGGGUUACCAGGUGGAGCACACGCCGGCUGGGGAGACACUCCCAGAGAGCUGGAGUCCUCCGACGUCGUCGCCGCCGCUGGAAGAAACCACUACGGUGCCUGGCGGGGGGAGCUAUGAGGACGAGGAGGAGGAGGGCGUGACAGCUGGGUGGGAGCUGGAGCCCCCAGAGGAUGAGCUGCCCCACUUGCUGCUGCCGGACAGCCUGAGCCAGCUGGAGGAGUUCGGGAGGCACAAGCGGCCGCGCAAGGCCCACCGCUCCCACGAACGCAAGCGCCUCUUCAGUGACUUAUGGGUGCGCAUGGGGGACAGCAGCACUACCCCUCUCCCGUUCAUCCGAAUAACUAACGGGUACGUGACGGUGGAGCCCCCCUUCCCCCACCAGAAGCAGGAGAGGAGGACGUCGCCCGCCGCCAGGGCCCAGCCCUCGAGCAGCCCCCCGUCCCACCACAGCCUGAACGCUGCAGUGGCCCCCCACGCUGCCCCCACAGCGCUCACCUGCUUCCUGGCAGGCCUCAUCUCAUACCUCUUGUUCACCUCCUGACCACCAGGAGGCUCUCUAUGACCCCCCUCCCCACACACACACACCCAGAGACUUUCCUACCAAGCAUCACCACCUGUGGCCUCAGGCAGUGGACAUGGCGUUGUGUGCGACCCUCAAGAUGGAGCAUCUCGUUUGCCAUCUCUGGCUGUGUACCAAGGGUAAAGAUAAGAUCCUUUGAAGUUCGCAAGAAGUGUAGCAGCAGGAGUUGGUCUAACACAAAUUGUGCAUAAUUGAAGGAUCAAGGACGUUUUUGAAGGUGAUUUUUAAAAAAAGUGGUGUUGUUUUAUGAGGGGUAUAUCAGUCAAAGGCAGGAUAUAAUUAGUGAGUUACAACACCAGCACAAGUUCAGUCUGAAUGUUGUUGAACUGUUAAAAAUAGCGACACUAAUAUCAAUUUCUGAUGAUAUAAUAAUUAAGUCACCAAUGUAAUGUAUGAUAGACAUAGGAAGAGAUAACAGAGUCGACCUAUUUUGUAAAUUGUGCAUUUUGUUCAUAAAAAAGUAUUGUAUAUUUAUUAUUUCUUAAAGAGUAUAUUUUCAUGUCUUUGUCAAAUAUUGAAAAAAAUAAAGUAUUGAAUAGUCAUUGUGUCUGUCUAUAGGUAAUGUUGACGAGCUAUUAUUAAAAAAUGUAAACGUUAUAAAUGCGUCUAUGAGUGUGUUUGCAACAUAUAGCAGUUCUCAUCUGUAAUGUGGCCGUUAGAAUCUGUCUUUGGAUUGACUGAUAGCGUCAUCUAUUGGUAUUUAGAGGCAUUACACAUUCAUGUUGUUUGCUAAAUUGACACGAAGACGUAAACGUGAAAAUGAGAAGGAGCAAGAAGCCUGUAAAGAUGGUCUUGUCACAUAAUCUACCAUCUCAAAACAACAAAUAGGAUAGGCCUAUGUCAACCUUGGUCUGUUUCAAAACUUGUUCUUGAAUGCGAUAUGAAAUGUUUGACUCACCUCACUCCAAGUUCUCCACGCUCCAAGAGUCGUCAACAUUCACGCAGUUGGUAAGACACAUUUUAAUUUUGUACCCCUGUCUAUAAGAGUAUGUUCAUAAUAGCGCAUUUCAAAGCAAAAAGCUAAAAGAAAUCCACAAUGGCAAAGACGUUACUGACACGCUACAACACCGCCACCAGAUGGCGUUUGUGGACUAUAGGAAAACUGAAACGUCGAAAGUAUAUCCCACAAAUACAGUUCGUAAAACGC